GCCAAAUUCUCCACCCUGCUUUCAGAUCCAAACAAAAUAAAGCUUAGUACUUUCAUUUCCACUUUCUCUUCUCCCAAACACCCAAAAUAGGUAUUUAAAACUUCAUUUUUCAGUUUCACAGAAACCCAUUUUUUUACUGUUUCUUUGUUCUCUCUGUUCGCGUAGUUCUUAUUUUUAUCUUUUAUUUUAUGUUUCUCAAUGAAGCAUACUUUCAAACAGUUUGCAUUCUUCAAUAGUUUCAAUGUCACUCAUUCUAGAUCCAGCCCUUUGAUAAAAAAACAGAAGAACCCAAAUCCAAUUUCUCUGGACUCUUGAGAAUUUAAAACACGAGCAAAAGAAAAAUGGGUGGUUUAAGAGAGUCAUGGUGUUUUUGCAAAGGAGUAAGUAAGACGGAAAGAAUGAAGGGCACCAUUUUCUCAAGUAAAGCUCCGGCAAUGGCCAGAAUCACCGACGCCGCCGCUGAUGGAAUCUCUGUUACCGGAUUCCCCAUCCACCGGAAUCUUCUCUUAACUACUCACGUUAACCUCCCUUCCGUAGCUGCUGCUGAGAGCUUCGAGAUCCGGCUCCAAAAUGGCGUUGCUGCCACUCUCGUACCUCAAGGUUGUGUCUAAAUAUCUGAAGUGUUUAUACAAAUUGUGUUUAACACUUGAAUGUUUCCUAUACAAUAAUUGGGAUACUGAAAGUGACCAGGAGUUCGAAGGAUACCAAACCGGGAAUUCAGAACCUUUAGGCUCUGGACAUAUUGGCAUCACCCUGGAUGAUACAAUCAAGGCAUGUGAAAGAUUCCAACGCCUUGGAGUAGAGUUCAGCAAAAAACAAUUAUGUAUAUCACAUGGAGAUUAUUUAAGACUAGAGCAUGUAAAUAUUUUCUAAAAGUGCUUUUGUUCAUGCCUAGUUUAUCAAUCUCAUUUGUACGGUAUGCAUUCAUCAAGGAUCCCAAUGUUUUCGAAAGAA